AACAUAUCUCUUACUUUCUUGACUGCAAAUCCUGCUCUUUGCCAACAUCAACUUUGGAAAUCUCUUAAAUCCCCCCUUUGAACCCAACCCUGACUAUUCGAGAUUGCCUGAAUUGAGUAUUAUUGUUCUUCUCACGAUCACUCCCUCUGACGCCUGUUGUGCCUGGGUUUGACUGCUGUGGACCAAUCAAAAUCGUCCUAAAUUCCCAACGUCAAUUGCAUCAAAUUCUACCGUCCACCACCAAUUCCCACAAUGUCGCCUACUGCAGUUAAUGGAAACGGGGUGAAUGGGGUUACUUCUGUCAACGGAAGCACCACAGGCACCCAACUCAAAGCCACCGCUCCCGCUUUUCACCCAUCAGGAACCCCCGACAAAUCAAGAUACCAUGCCGCCUCAUCAAACGAAGCAAUCCACGCCGAGCAUGAAUAUGCCGCCCACAACUACCAUCCCCUGCCAAUAGUUUUCGCGCGAGCAUUGGGAACGAAAGUGUGGGAUCCUGAAGGUCACGAAUAUCUCGACUUCCUCUCCGCCUACUCUGCUGUGAACCAAGGACAUUGCCACCCAGAACUGGUCAAAGCUCUUGUAGAGCAGGCUUCGACAUUGACUUUGAGCUCAAGGGCUUUUUACAAUGAUGUAUUCCCUAGGUUCGCCGAGUUUGUCACAAAGUACUUCAACUUUGAUAUGGUUCUUCCCAUGAACACUGGAGCUGAAGCCGUUGAAACCGCCAUCAAGAUUGCUCGCAAAUGGGGCUAUAAGUCCAAGGGUAUCCCUGAUGGUGAAGCACUGGUUCUCAGCGUGGCCGAAAAUUUCCACGGCCGAACAUUCUCUGCCAUCUCAAUGUCCACUGACCCCGAAUCUCGCGACAACUAUGGCCCCUAUCUUCCAGGCGUUGGCUCUGUCAACCCGGCCACGGGAGAAAUAAUCCCAUACAACGAUGUCGAUGCCGUUCGAUCUGCCUUCGAGUCGCAUGGCGACAAAAUUGCCGGCUUUUUGGUUGAGCCAAUUCAAGGCGAGGCUGGCAUUGUCGUCCCUUCAGACAACUACCUCUCCGAGGUGCGAGCGCUCUGUGACAAGUACAACGUCCUCCUCAUCUGCGACGAAAUCCAGACUGGUAUUGCACGAACGGGAAAACUGCUCUGCCAUGAAUGGGCUGGGAUCAAGCCGGAUAUGGUCCUCCUCGGCAAAGCUAUCUCUGGUGGCAUGUAUCCUGUCUCUGCAGUGUUGGGCCGGAAAGAUGUCAUGCUCACCAUUGAGCCCGGAACCCAUGGCUCCACAUACGGCGGCAACCCGCUUGGAUGUGCCGUGGCUAUUCGAGCUCUAGAAAUCGUGCAAGAGGAAAAGAUGAUUGAGCGAGCAGAGAAGCUUGGCCAAAAAUUCCGCGAUGGACUCCGCGACCUCAACUCGCCUCUAAUUACCACUAUCAGAGGCAAGGGUCUGCUGAAUGCUAUUGUCAUCGAUGAGUCAAAGACUAACGGCCAUUCUGCCUGGGACCUGUGUAUGCUCAUGAAGACCAAGGGCUUGCUGGCCAAACCCACCCAUCAAAAUAUCAUCCGGCUGGCACCACCUCUUGUCAUCACCGAGGAAGAAAUUGCCAAGGCUCUACAGAUUAUUGGAGAAGCCGCCGCAGAACUCCCAACCCUGACAGGCCAAAAGGAACACGAUGUCCUUCCUGAGGGCGAGAAGAAUGUCCACAUUGGCGUUGACAACUAGCGGCAACCACACAAAAUGGAGGAAUCAAGAUGCGCGUGAUUUUCACUCUCUUUCUCCUUUUACAUCUAUUAUUGGUGUAUAACCAGGGCGGACUUUAGUCUUGGGACACAAAAGAUGAGAGUAGUAGCCGUUGAGUUUAGACAUGGUCCUCUCCGGCGUACUUUGAUUGACGAUGAGGAAUGGCGUGGGCUGCACCUGCAAAUAGGAUCAGCAUAUACCCCUAAAUGGGCAACGUGUUCAGCGCUCGACGAAAAGAAUUUCAUGACAUUUGAUUAGCAACUCGAAAUCGUGUACCAUGUAUCUAACAAUAUAUUCAUCCAACCGC